UGAAAAUCUUAGCCCCGCAUAUAUUUUUAAAUCAUGAAAUCAUACUAUGAGAAAAAUAUUGAGGAUUAUUCGGUAUCGUUAUUACACAACAUGUGUUUUCCAAAGCCGCUAUCUCAACACCAAACAGCUCCAAUUCUUUUUAAAUUCUACAGAUCCAGAGCAGUUUUCACAUGAAAUAAGAGCCAGGCAAAAGACAGAAAAAGGAUGAAUUUCUUGAUGCCUACUAGAUCAGUCCGCUCAAUAAUGAUUAGAAUUCCAUUCCAAAAGAGUCACCUAAAUUGGAUCUUAUCGAAUAGCACUGAAGGAAGACUCAACUAAUUUUGGGAGACUAAAUCUUGAUAAUUUUAAUAACAUCCAAAUUUCAAAAUUUAAGCUUUUCUCACAAUCAAAGCCUAUAAAAAUGUUUGGAGAAAGACAAAUCAUGGAUCUUAUAGGAAGAUGAACUACAAAACUUUCAUUGUUAGGCUACAUCUUAGAUUCAAAAAGGUUCAAGAAAAUCAUCACUGUUGCGAGCUCAGUUGAGACAAUCUAUUUCAAAUACUGCGAAAUUGGGUGGGAUUGAGUCUACAGUGAUCAUAACCCUAAUAAGUAUACCAAACACAUAAUCUUUGAGACAAUGACGCAAAAUGAAAAGUGAAUGCAUAAAUUUGAAGUACUUUCAAGCCUCCUCCAAUUUCUCAAUACAAAAUGCUAUUCCAUUAAAAACAUCGCUUUUAAUUACUCCCACUAGCAGCUGAUACUAGCAUCUAUCAAAUCUGCCUUCCAUCUUGAGGAUGGAAGGUCUCUCAAAAGAGUGAUAAAACAGAUCUUGUAUUUUCCAAGACUUCUACAGAAGUCAAAGAUGCUGACCACCAAAGAUGUAUUGUACAGUAAGACUUUAACCCAUGCAGAGUUGAAGAUGCAUGGGAAUUACACAUUGAGCUGACUAGAAUCCUCUAUUG